UGACAGCGCAGGCGGCGCUGCCCGCAUUUCCAUUCCAUCACCAGGCUGGGGCUGAAUAAAGGCGUGCUUGUGUGGUAGUGUUUCUUUUUUAAAAAUCUCAAAGCCAAGAAGAACAGGCUGAAAUAGCAUUUUCAAAAAUGGAGCGUAAAAUAAACAGAAGAGAAAAAGAAAAGGAGUAUGAAGGGAAACACAACAGCUUGGAAGAUGCUGAACGAGGAAAGAACUGCAAAUCCACACUGAUGACCCUCAACGUUGGUGGAUAUUUAUACAUUACUCAAAAACAAACACUGACCAAGUACCCAGACACUUUCCUUGAAGGUAUAGUAAAUGGAAAAAUCCUCUGCCCGUUUGAUGCUGAUGGUCAUUAUUUCAUAGACAGGGAUGGACUCCUCUUCAGGCAUGUCCUAAACUUCCUACGAAAUGGAGAACUUCUACUGCCCGAAGGGUUUCGAGAAAAUCAACUUCUUGCACAAGAAGCAGAAUUCUUUCAGCUCAAGGGACUGGCGGAGGAAGUGAAAUCCAGGUGGGAAAAAGAACAGCUAACACCCAGAGAGACUACUUUCUUGGAAAUAACAGAUAACCAUGAUCGCUCACAAGGACUGAGAAUUUUCUGUAAUGCUCCUGAUUUCAUAUCAAAAAUCAAAUCUCGCAUUGUUCUGGUGUCCAAAAGCAGGCUGGAUGGAUUUCCAGAGGAGUUUUCAAUAUCAUCAAAUAUCAUUCAAUUUAAAUACUUCAUAAAGUCUGAAAAUGGCACUCGACUUGUACUAAAGGAAGACAACACCUUUGUCUGUACCCUGGAAACUCUUAAGUUUGAGGCUAUAAUGAUGGCCUUAAAGUGUGGUUUUAGACUGCUGACCAGCCUGGAUUGUUCCAAAGGGUCAAUUGUUCACAGCGAUGCACUUCAUUUUAUCAAGUAAUUACCUGUGUCGUGUCAUGAACAAAGGCAACAAGCAUGCAGCCAGCAAGCUUCGGAAAACCACAGCAUCAAAGGCAUCCCGAAUAACGUGUGCCGGGCUAGCUCCGUACUCAGAGCCCUGCUGCUAAUCAAUUACUGUGAGCUAACGGUAUGUAAAUUCUAUCGCUAAAGAUGUCCUUCUCAAGGGUGUUCCUGCUGAUCAGACUCUUAUAAUGAAAACAAUGAUGUUCUACAUAUUGUAAAUAAAAACUGAAUGCUUUUGCUAUUUGUUUAUUUCUCCUGAAGCUGUCUUUCAAUCAGAAUGUCUUGGGUACUUGCACAAUGAACAAGCAUGUACAUUAUCUAUGAUUCAUUUAAGUAAAUGGUAAUAAAAUAUGUUAAGGGGCUAUAAGAUUUAAAAUCUUUUCUAUAAAACUACAAAGAAACUGAACUGGUAAAAAUUAACUACUGAGAGCAAAAGAAAUGUGCAGAUGUACUAAGAGCUAUAGUGAAACCAAAUGUAAUUGUAAGAAGGUAUUAAAGUUAUUGAUUUAAUUUUAAAGGCAGGCACCAAAAGCUUAUUCAUAGUUCCUGUAUUUCAUACUAGAAUUAUAGCUGAAUUGACAUAUUGCUGAACAUUCCUAGAAAACUGUGUAAUGACA